UUAUUGAAGAUCCGGACUUAUCUAGGAGAUCUUCGAAGUUUUGUGUUGCAUGAAGCAGAUGAACUUAAGCUCGACGCAUUAUCAUCAAAAGCAGAUGAAGGGAUCUCAUUUCAGUUACCCUGAGAGUUUCCCAUUUCAGGACAAACAAUAAUAUUGGUCACUGAUGGUGUAGUCUUGAGAGCAUUUCACAAAUUUGCUACUCCAACAGUGGAAUUGCCAGGGAAGAUUCAGAAUGCAUCUAUAAACAUCUUUCAAAUAGCUGGGGAGGAAGGGUGGACCAUCAAAACCUGGGGUGACGUUGGCCAUCUAGAGCCUGAGUGAAUGAUUGAAUUGCCAGGCAAGAUUCAGAAUGCAUCUGCCAUUGAAACAUAGUGUCCAUGCCAACCAUAAGAAAUACAAAUACAAUGCUGCUAGCGUUGCUUGGGAUAAGUCUCUUCAAAUUUAGCUAUAUUCGUGUAAUCACCGGUACCAUCUACCCCAAGAGGCAGCAUCAUCGUAGCUGUAGAACGAUGGCUUCUUCAGUACGGCCAGUGGAAUCAGCUGCUAGACAAGAUAAAGUCACUGCUCCUUACGGUUCUUGGAAGUCUCCAAUCACCGCCGAUAUCGUCUCUGGCGCAUCCAAGGGACUCGACGGUACCGCCAUUGACGGCCGCGGUCGCCUUUUCUGGCUUGAAUCCCGACCCACUGAAGCAGGGCGAUCGGUUCUGGUUAAGGGAGAAGAGAAAGCUGGAGAGGAAGCUAUCGAUGUCACCCCGAAAGAAUUUUCGGUGCGAACUACUGCCCAGGAGUAUGGAGGAGGCGCGUUUACGAUAUCAGGGGAUACUGUCAUCUUCGCAAAUUACAAGGACCAAAGACUGUACAAGCAAUCUGUCGAUUCCAUAGAUUCUACUCCUGUUCCAAUUACACCUGAUUGUGGCUCACCAGUUGUCUCUUAUGCCGAUGGAGUCUUUGAUUCACGCUUUAACCGUUUUGUCACUGUAAUGGAAGAUCGCCGUGUAAGCAGCAUAAAUGCAAUUACAACGAUUGUAGCAAUUGGUCUCAAUGAUGCGUCAAUAGAGGAACCAAAAGUAUUAGUUAGUGGCAAUGACUUCUAUGCAUUCCCUCGUGUGGACCUGAAAGGUGAACGGAUAGCAUGGAUAGAAUGGUGUCACCCUAACAUGCCAUGGGAUAAAUCGGAACUCUGGGUUGGCUAUAUUUCUGAGAAUGGAGAUAUCUGUAAACGCACCUGUGUUGCUGGCAAUGAUAAUACAAUUGUUGAAUCUCCAACUGAACCCAAGUGGUCCUCUACAGGGGAGUUAUUCUUUAUCACUGACAGAAAAAAUGGAUUUUGGAAUCUAUACAAAUGGAUUGAAUCUGUAAAUGAUGUGCAAGCACUCUAUUCCUUGGAUGCUGAGUUCUCAAGACCAUUAUGGGUAUUCGGCAUAAACUCUUAUGAGCUUAUUCAGAACAAAGAGGGAAAGAACUUAAUUGCUUGCAGCUACAGGCAGAAGGGUAGAUCCUAUCUUGGUAUUCUGGACUGUGCUCAAAGCUCACUUUCUCUGCUUGAUAUUCCGUUCACAGACAUAGAUAAUAUUACUUCAGGGCACCGUUGUCUAUACGUCGAGGGCGCAUCUGCAGUUCAUCCAUCAUCAGUGGCUAAGGUGAAUUUGGAUGACCAAGGAUCCAAAGUAGUUGAUUUCAAGGUUGUUUGGUCAUCAUCACCCGAUAGUUUAAAGUAUACGUCAUAUUUCAGCUUGCCAGAGCUGAUUGAAUUCCCUACUGGAGUUCCUGGUCAAAAUGCAUAUGCAUACUUUUAUCCACCUUUGAAUCCCAUUUACCAUGCUAGUCCAGAAGAAAAGCCUCCAUUGUUGUUGAAAAGUCAUGGAGGACCUACAAGUGAAACGCGCGGAAUUUUGAAUCUGAGUAUCCAGUAUUGGACAAGUCGUGGAUGGGCUUUUGUGGAUGUAAAUUAUGGUGGAAGCACUGGUUAUGGUAGAGAAUAUCGAGAACGCUUAUUAGGAAACUGGGGAAUUGUUGAUGUUAAUGACUGUUGCAGUUGUGCAAAAUUUUUGGUGGAUAGUGGAAAGGCAGAUGGUGGCCGACUGUGUAUAACUGGUGGCUCAGCCGGCGGUUAUACAACCUUAGCUGCCCUUGCUUUUAAAGAAACAUUUAAGGCUGGAGCUUCAUUGUAUGGUGUGGCUGACUUAAGCAUGUUAAGAGCAGAAACUCACAAAUUUGAGUCUCAUUACCUUGAUAAUCUUAUUGGUGAUGAAAAGGAUUACUAUGAGAGGUCUCCAAUAAAUUUUGUUGAUAGAUUUUCUUGCCCCAUAAUUUUGUUCCAAGGAUUAGAAGAUAAGGUUGUACCCCCUGAUCAAGCUCGUACAAUAUACCAGGCACUGAAGAAGAAGGGUUUGCCAGUUGCUCUUGUUGAGUAUGAAGGGGAACAGCAUGGUUUUCGUAAGGCUGAAAAUAUUAAAUUUACGCUGGAACAAGAAAUGGUGUUUUUUGCACGAUUGGUUGGAAACUUCAAUGUUGCAGAUGAGAUUAAUCCAAUCAAAAUUGACAAUUUUGACUGAUCAUGUAUCAAGGAACUUAAGGGAUUUGCUCUUAUAAUUUGACAGCAAUAAAUUGAAUGAACUUGACGGGUUCAUGGCCACUAGCUUGGGCAAUAUCUUACAUUUUCUUUUCUUGAGCGCUUAUUUUUAUUUUUAUUUUUAUUUUUAUUUUUAUUUUAUGUUUUCUGUUGUCAACAACCAGAUUAGACACUACUACUCUACUCCCAGCCAAAUUAUCUGUGUGAUAUUUACCAUAAGAGCUUACAUACACUGUACUAGGAUUACAGUCACCUCAUGAUGUAUUGCUUUUUUGUUGGCCGACAGGAAAAGACUCGUGUUAGAAAUAGUUUGUGUUGCAGCCAUGUUUAUCAAUUCUUGCGCAAGUCAUUAUUGAUUCUUGCAAGUUUGUA